GCUUUCUCCUCACUGCUGCCCCGCUGCUCCCAGGACUCAGCACGCUCCGCCCCGCAGAUAAAGACAUGGCAGAUAAAGGAGCAGUGAGCGAGGUGCACCGGGACGAGGCAAGAAAAGGCAAGCAGGCAGAGAACAAAGGCCACUGUGGGACAUGUCAGCACCGCGCAACCAAGGGACAUGGCACAAUGGCCGUCCCUCCUGCAUACGCUGACUUGGGGAAAUCUGCCAAAGACAUCUUCAACAAGGGCUUUGGAUAUGGAGUUCUCAAGCUGGACGUUAAGACCAAGUCCCAGAGUGGUGUUGAGUUUGCCACCUCCGGCUCCAACAACACCGAGACGGGGAAGUCGGGAGGCCACCUGGAGACCAAGUACAAAGUGAAAGAGCUGGGCCUCAACUUCAACCAGAAAUGGAACACAGACAACACCCUCACCUCGGAAAUCACAAUGGAGGACCAGCUGGCUAAGGGCCUGAAGCUCGGUCUGGACGCGUCAUUUGUGCCGAACACCGGCAAGAAGAGUGCCAAGCUGAAGUCCGGCUACAAGCGUGAGUUUGUAAACGUUGGCUGUGACCUGGACUACGACAUGGCCGGUCCCACCGUCCACGCAGCCGCCGUGCUGGGCUACGAGGGCUGGCUGGCGGGCUACCAGUUGUCUUUUGACAUGGCCAAAUCCAAACUGACCCAGAACAACUUCUCCCUCGGUUAUAAGGCCGGUGACUUCCAGAUUCACACCAACGCAAAUGACGGCACAGAGUUCGCUGGCUCCUUUUACCAAAAGGUGAACUGUAACUUGGAGACGGCGGCCCACCUGGCCUGGACGGCAGGCAGCAACAACACACGCUUUGGAAUUGGAGCCAAGUACCAGCUGGAUAAGAACUCCUCCCUGUCUGCCAAAGUCAACAACGCCUGCCUCGUUGGAGUUGGAUACACACAGAACCUCAGGCCAGGGGUGAAGCUAACCCUCUCGGGUCUGAUCGAUGCGAAGUACCUGAACGGAGGCGGACACAAGGUCGGCUUUGGUUUCGAGCUGGAGGCGUAGAGAGGGUCGGCGGGCGGACGGACGGACGAGAAGCGAGAAGGGAAGCAACACAGGAGAAGAAUGAAGAGCGCAAAUGUGAAAACGCAGCAAAGGUCCACUCAGCGACCAUGUCAACACACCGCUCUAAACACACACAUAUGCACACACAUACACACAUUCGACGGCCUUAUGAAAACCCCAAGCCAGCCUCCAAGACCUCCAGUGCUGUAGUUUUAAAAGAAUCAAGCAUUAUUUUUGUGAUAGUUACUUUUAAAUUUGACAUCAUUAACAGCUCCCACAACCAACCCUUAAACAUAUAUAACCAGAACAUGCAAAACCCCUUUUCUCCAAAUAAUGUGCUGCUUAUGACAAAGUGCACUUUUAAAAGAGCAUUUGUGUCCUCAAAACAUAUCUGUUUUUCAUUCAGAUUUACCCCGGGUUUUAGACAUCAUACGAUUAUUAAUUAAUACAUUGUGUUUUUGUUGCAUGCUUUCGAGGCUAGAGAGACUUUCUUUUUUCGACUUUUCAUUCUUGCAUAACAGAUGCAAUAAAAGCUGGGGAGAAUCAAGCAGAAAAGACAAAGAGCGGCGGAUCCUUCUCGGGUUAAGAGACUUUGAUUCCACCGUUUGACCUCAGUAACUCAGUUUUAAACUUUGGACCUUCAGUUGCCUAAAUGUCUAUUUUUCAGGUCCUUUUUUUGGUGAAAUGGCCGACGGCAAUUUGAGACUCCGUGUCACCUCUUCGUCUUGUCUCAUUUUGUGUCCUGUUCCUCUUCAACCUUUACUGCUACAUUUCACUGUAUCUGUGCUGUGCUGUGUUUGUAUAGGAGAGUUAGUCAACAAUUAGGACCUCAAACUGCUUUUAUUGAAUUAAUGAAUAAAGAAUGUUAAACUAUA